UAAACAAUGGUUUCCGAAAGCAGCAGUGGCUCCUCCUCAUAUCCCAUCAAAACCGUAGUUGUAUUGGUCCAAGAAAACCGCUCAUUCGAUCACAUCCUAGGCUGGUUCAAGUCCCUCAACCCCAAAAUCGAUGGCGUAAGGGGCUCCGAAUCCAACCCGAUUUCCACAUAUGAUCCCAACUCACCGUUGAUCUUCUUCAAAGACAACUCCGAUUACGUCGACCCUAACCCCGGUCACUCGAUCCAAGCCAUUUAUGAGCAAGUCUUCGGUCUGCCUUGGACCUCCGAUGACGCUAACGCUCCCCAUGAACCGACUAUGAAUGGCUUCGUUCAAAAUGCCGAAGGCAUGGAAAAGGGGAUGGCAAAGGCAGUGAUGAAAGGGUUUUCACCCGAUGCAGUGCCUGUUUUCAAAGAGCUGGCGUCGAACUUUGCUGUAUGUGACCGGUGGUUCGCAUCGAUGCCAGCUUCGACGCAACCAAACCGGCUGUUUGUUUACUCGGCUACGUCGCAUGGACUCACGAGCAAUGACACAAUGAAACUCAUCGAAGGGUUCCCUCAAAAGACAAUAUUUGAGUCAUUGGAUGAUAGUGGUUUUAGUUUUGGGAUAUAUUAUCAGUACCCUCCAUCGACCUUGUUCUACAGGAACCUUAGACAAUUGAAGUACUUAAAAAACUUCCAUCAAUUCGAUCUGCACUUCAAGAAGCAUUGUGAACAAGGGAAGCUCCCGAACUAUGUCGUGAUCGAACAACGAUACUUCGACCUCUUGUCGUUGCCGGCGAACGAAGACCAUCCAUCCCACGAUGUCUCAGAAGGUCAAAAGUUUAUCAAGGAAGUGUACGAGGCACUAAGAGCUAGCCCCCAAUGGAAUGAAAUGUUGUUGGUAAUCGCAUACGAUGAACAUGGCGGAUUUUACGACCAUGUUCCAACUCCUACAACUCGUGUCCCGAGCCCUGAUGGAAUCGUCGGUCCCGAACCGUAUUAUUUCAAGUUUGAUCGGCUCGGUGUUAGAGUUCCUACAUUUUUUAUUUCUCCCUGGAUUGAACCAGGAACAUUGAUACAUGGACCUUCAGGGCCGUACCCUACUUCGCAGUUCGAGCAUUCAUCGAUUCCGGCAAUUCAAAAGAUAUUCGAUCUAAAAGAGUUCCUCACGAAGCGUGAUGCUUGGGCUGGUACUUUUGAAGGUGUUAUAACCAGGAAGAACCCAAGAACAGAUUGUCCCGUUACAUUACCCGAGCCGGUGAAGACGAGACAUAGCAAGGCGAAAGAGACGGCGAAACUGAGCGAUUUUCAAGAAGAAUUGGUGCAAAUGGCAGCAGUGUUGAAGGGAGACCAUAAAAGUGACAUUUAUCCACACAAACUUGUGGAGAACAUGACAGUUGCAGAGGCUGCAGAGUAUGUGCAUGGUGCUUUCGACUAGUUCUGUGAUGAAUGCCGAAAGGAAAAUGAACCGGAAGGGAACAAUGAAUCUGGGAAUGUUGAAUUGGUGCCAAAACGCAAAUCUUUUAUUUCCAAGUUGUUUUCAUGUCUGUCCUGCCGUUGAAACCU